ACCCUAAACCUAAAAACUAGCCGCCCCAUACCUUCCCUCUCCUCCAACCCCUCUGCCCACAUCCAACUCGCCCAAACUCGCCGUAAUCGGGCGAGUUCGCCCUCAACGAAUCCCAUGGUCCCCCUCUCUCUCUUCUCCUUCUUCCAUGUCAUUCAUUCCGUACUAAAUCUCAUCAUUUCAAUCCGAUUCACGGAUUUCUUCUUUUAUUUCUUUUGUUUAAACAUAAAUCCGAGGCCCUUGAAUAAAUUUGGGAGAAAUGGGAACCGUUGGAUGAAGAUUUUUGUCCAAAGUCUCCAGUUUUCUGAUUUUUGUUUGUGAAAGGGGGAUUUUCGGAUUUGAUUUUGGGGUCCCACACGAUAUCUUGCUGAGGAAGAAGAAGCUUUAAGAGAGGGUAUAUAUUUGGAGCCUUUAGAUAGAGAAGAGGAAAAAAAAAGUUCGAGGGUUUUGAUACUGGAUUUCGACAUUUCUCUUCUGAUUUCGAUUUUUCAUAAAAAAAAAUUCAAUUCUUCUUGGUUUUAAUUUGACUCCCACUUCGAAAAAUACAAAAAAAAUUAUUAUUUUCAGUUCUGUUUUGAUUCUCUUUCAUGGAGUUCAACUGAGGCAUUGUGGAGUUUUGAGGUUUUGUUAGCCGUUCGAGUUGGCUCGCGAUUCCGUUCGAGUUAAAUUUGUUCGUGUAAUUGUUGGAAUAUCUUUAUUAAUCGAAAACCAGCCUUUCUCAGGUUCGUCUCUUUACCAUUAGAUCUUCUCUCAUUUGCUUAUGGUGAAUCAAGCCUUAAAAGAGCCAUAUUAAGAUGGGUUAUUUGGUAUUCUGCAUUGAAACACUUACCUCCAGAAAUAUGGGUAAUUGAUAGUUGAGAUUUGUUUAAUUUUCUUGGGGUUUGUUCACUCCUCUGUUUUAGCAUUUCAUUUAGUCUUGUUUAACAGAUCUUUGGGAUUGAGUGAAUCUAUUUUGUGGUGAAUUUACACCUGAACGGCAAAGAAUUUUUAUACAAGAAUACCAGGAUCGCGUUUGAUUUUAGUCAAAUAGGGAUGAAUAUUCAUGUAAUUCUUUACCAUUAAAAAUCACUUAAAACUAUAAUUAUCCAUAUGUUCGCUCGCUUUCUUUUUAUGGCCAAAACAUGGAUUAUGUGAGUUGAAGUUGUCAACUGGCCUUUACAAUCUUCAUAUAAGAUGCAUCCAUCAUGAGUGUCUCGAGGUUAACCUGUCAAUAGUUGGGUUUUCUAGCCUACCAAAGGUGAUUUAUGGCAUGUUUCAGUCCACCUCUUGAGUUGAAUUUUUUGUCGAAUCUUAAAAAGUUGGGAUUUAGUUCUUCGAUUGAAUGAGUUGAGAGUCUUUCUUAAGGAAGAAAAAAUUAGUUCUAUAGCAUAUUAUCUCAAUAGCGUAGGAGCUUUUGUCAUCGGGUAUGAUUGUUUGGCAUUAUUUUAAAACAAAAAAUGAGUUUUAAAAUCAUUGUUGUUGUUUCGUUACCUUGUAAGAUUUGUUGGUUUACUUUUGAGGUAGAUUUGGACGUGUAGUUAAUCUGGGGUAUAGAGCACAAUUUAUGAUUGAUUUAAAUUGUUUUCUAAAUGAUGUAAGAUAAAGAAGAAUUAGGGUGAUUAGAAAUCUUUUAAUGGCUCUUCUUAAUGGCUUUGAUUCACAUUUUCCUUUAUUGUUCUUCAGCCCUCCCUUUAUUUGCUGAACGUUUUUCUUAUCUAUUUGAAUGCUACUUUGUUCGAUCAUGCUGGGUGUGAAAUUGUAUGAAUGAUGAACUGGGUCGUGGGAUUGGAGGGUACGACCAGCCCAUUUGAUAAUUAUUUUGUUUUCAUAUUUUUAGAUAUAGGGCUCGGUCCCAUAAAAAUAAAAGUUAAAAACAAUACAUGAGUGAAUUUAAUUGUUCUUUUAUUCAGUUCUUUACUUUAUUUUCUUUAUUGAUCAUAUUAUUCAUUAGGAUCAUGUCUGGGCCGGCCAUAUUUGGGUAGGCAAAUCUUCAGGACAUUCGUGUUUUAGCUUCUUUUGAGGCGAGAGGUCGUUCCCUUAGUUAAAUUUAUCCGGGGAAUGACCCGAAGAAUUUGUAAAUAUAUUUUAUUCCGGGGAAUGCCCCAUCGUACAUGUAAAAGGAGGCCAAAAGUAGAAACUUGUAGUAUUUUUAUUUUAUUUUCAUUUUUCUUUCUCUUUUAUUUAGGUGGGGACGACCUUGAACAUCUCGUGUGUUUAUUUUCCUUUUUCUAUGUUUUCUACCUCAAUUGAAUAUUUUUUAAAAGCCGACUAGAUCGACUACGCAACCGUGACUUUCACGGGACUUGGGGAGUGCCUAACACCUUCUCCUCGAGUCAAAUGAACCCCCUUACCCUAAUCUUUGGUGUAGACUUAGUUUUAGAGUUCAGAGUGUUUUGAAAGGAAAAUUAUUAUCAUUUUUAGAAAAAACGGUGACCUGACACACCGAAAUCAAAUGUCAGGUGGCGACUCUGAGUUAUUUUCUUUUGAACACAAUUUUUGUCACAUUCUAAUUGGAAACCCUUUUCAAAGCUUUACUACAUCUUUCUAUUUAUUUAAGAGGGUCAGUGAGGUUUGUUAAAAAAUGGGGUGUGACAGCAUGUGCAAGUAGCACUUUCCAACUGGAGAGUUGACUUCGUAUAGUCACCUCGGGAACUGGUAGGGACAUGUUCCCUCAGUUGUUCCUUCGACUCUGAAGAGUUGAGCCAUAGUCCAAACUGGAUCCCAAACUGGAACAUUGUGAUCUUAAAGUCUUGAGAAUGUUUAAUGUAGAGUUGACUAUACGACGACUAGGGGAGCUGAUCUAUAUCUGUUCCCUCUGUUGUUCCCUUAUCUGAUUUCAUAGAAAAUUGAACCAGACAUCUGACUGGUUACUCUGAAUACAAGAGAACUAAUUGUAUCAGGUUCCUUAUCUGUUUCUAUCAUGAAGUUUGUCAAAUCAUCAAAACAAAAGACGCAUAACUUAUCAGGAAGGAAGACCACAUCGACCAUCUAAAGGAAGCCUUCGAUAUAAUAAGGCGAUACGGCAUGAAGCUGAACCCCAAAAAGUGUGCCUUUGGCAUAACCUCGGGCGAGUUCCUCAGCUUUCUGGUGUCAUAAAGAGGCAUCGAGGUCAACCCCGACCAGAUCAAAGCCAUCGAGGAAAUACCCGAAAUAUUGACCAGCAAAAAACAGGUACAAAAACUGAUUGGUUGUAUAGCUGCCUUGUUGAGGUUCAUCUCACGAUCCUCUAACAGAUUCCACAAAUUCUUAAACGUUCUUAAAAAGGACAAUGAACUCUAGUGAAAUUCAAAAUGUAUCAAGGCCUUAAGAGAACUAAAGGCAUACUUGUCCUCGCCCCCACUACUCGCCAAAGCAGAACCCGGCGAGCGCCUCCUGAUAUACUUAGCUGUAUCAGAGGUUGCAGUAAGUGCAGUGCCAGUCUUUGAAAUCAAAGGCACGCAAUCUCCAAUCUAUUACAUUAGCAAAACCCUAGUCGACGCCAAAACAAGGUACCUCCACCUCGAAAAGUUGGUUUUGGCAUUGGUCAUAGCUUCACGAAAGCUUAGACCCUAUUUUCAAUGUCACCCUAUAUCAGUGGUCACGACCUUCACCCUAAGAAGCAUCCUACAUAAACCCAAGCUGUCAGGUAGAUUGGCCAAGUGGGCCAUAGAAUUGAGCGAGCACGAUAUAACAUAUCAACCGUGAAGAGCAAUAAAAUAGCAGGUACUCGCCGACUUCGUCGCCGAUUUCAAUGCCAAAAUAAAGCCUGAGGUCGAGCAGGAAAGUUCUCGCACCUCUCCUAGGUUACCCGACCUAUGGGUCCUAUACACCGAUGGCGCUUCCUACGCGUCAGGAUCUGGACUAGGACUCAUACUCGAGGUCCCAACAGGAGAAGUCAUCUGCCAGUCCAUACAGUGCCCCGAUAUGACUAACAAUGAGGUUGAGCACGAGGCCGUAAUUGCAGUACUAAAGCUAGCUCUCAAGUACGAAGCACGACGAGUCGUCCUCUGAUGCGACUCACAACUCGUUGUCAACCAAUUCACAGGGACUUUCCAAAUCAAAGAGUAGAGGCUACAAAGUACCAAGCAGAAAUUCAUAAACUACUGCCGGAAUUCGACGAAUGUCAACUCGACCAGAUACCUCGAGCACAAAACAUCGAGACAGAUGGCCUCGCCAAGUUAGCAGCAGCCACCAAAAACAUUAGAAAAGAAAACGUGGUUACCCUCCUCCACUCUUCAAUAGACCAACUUGAGGUACACUCUAUAAAUUUAACUUGGAACUGGCGCAACCGUAUUAUAACAUAUUUGCAGGAGGGAAUACUCCCAUCAAACAAAAAAUAAUCCAAAAAGCUUCGAAUGCAGGCGGCCGAAUACAACAUUAUAAACCACGACCUAUACAAAAGAAUAUUUGGCGGUCUUUUGGCAAAAUGCCUAAGGCCAAACCAAACAAGAUUCUUCCUCGAGGAAGUACGCGAAGGCCACUGCGGUACCCAUACCGGCAACCGAGCAUUCAUCAGAUGCCUCAUACGAGUAGGCUAUUAUUGGCCUACCAUGAAGAAAGAAACCGCCAACUUCGUCAAGAAGUGCGAGCAGUACGAGAAUACGCUCAUAUGAUACACCAAGCGGGCGAGCACCUCCACUUGGUCACAUCGUCAUGGCUAUUCAUCAAAUGGGGAAUGGACAUCGUGGGACCACUCCCAACGGGAUGAUGUAAUGUGCGUUUCCUUUUGGUUUUAACUGACUACUUUUCCAAAUGGGUAGAAUAAGGUGCAUUCGCCCAACUACGCGGACAAAAAGUUAUCACAUCAUAUGGAGGAACAUCAUAUGUCGCUUCGGCAUCCACAAAGAAAUCAGCUGUGACAACGGACCCCAGUUCCACCGGGAAAAAGACCGCUGAAUUCUUUGAGAAAUGGCACAUCAAGCGAACACUCUCCACGCCAUAUCACCCUGCAGGCAACGACCAAGCCAAAUCCUCCAACAAAACAAUACUAAACAUCAUGAACAAGAAACUCGAAGACGCCAAGGGACUAUGGCCGGAACUACUACCAGAAGUGUUAUGGGCAUACCGCACCAUGCCAAAAACAAGCACAGGAGAAACGCCAUAUUCACUAGUCUAUAGGACUGACGUAGUGAUACCAGUCGAGGUCAGGGAAUCAAGUUUGAGAUACUCCAUGAGAGCGGACCAAGCAACGACGAGAACAGAAAGCAAUACCUCGACGAAGCGGAGGAGCGAAGAGACAUGGCUCAUAUAAGAAUGAUAGCCCAAAAACAGCAAAUAGAAUGGUAUUACAACAAAAAGGCCAAAGUAAGACCACUCAAAGUCGGGGACUAUGUACUCAAGGAGAAAACACAGGCGGGCAAAGACCCAAGAGAAAGCUCCCCGCAAAAUCACGGUCCAUACAAAAUCACGACAGCAGCAAACAAAGGAUCAUUCCAACUAGAAACAAUGGAGGGAAAGCUACUACCAAACAAUUGGAAAAUCGCCCCCUCAAAUACUUCAACUUCUAAGAAUGGACGUUCUCCAAAUCGUACUAUUUUUUCCCUCACCUUAGUUUUAUCCCAAUUGGGUUUUAUCGGGGAGGUCUUAAUGAGGCGACGAAGGGGAUGUCUUGAAGUUCAAGUAUAAUUCAUCGCCCCGCCUAUCGACUACUUUUCCAAGCCGAGCGAUGAAGGGACUAGGUAGACUAGAACUUCUCAAAUAUAUGUAUGGAACAAACAGAAACAUGUAAUAUUCUCCAAUGAAUGAAAUAAACAAAACAGCAUGCAAUAUUUUUGCACAACUCCACCAAAUAAUUUUACAUCCUUCAUUCGACCUCGCUCGAAUUAUUUGACACUCGACCUCGCUCGAAUUACUUUACACUCGACUCGCUUGAGUUAUUCGACCUCACUGGAAUUACUUUACACUUGACUCACUCGAGUUAUUCGACAUUCGGCCUCGCUCAAAUUAUUCGACAUUCGACCUCGCCCGAAUUAUUCGACAUUCGACCUCGCUCGAAUUAUUCGACAUUCGACCUCGUACAAAUUACUUUACACUCGACUCGCUUGAAUUAUUCGACAUUCGACCUCGCCCGAAUUAUUCGACAUUCGACUCGCUCGAAUUGUUUUACAUUCGAUCUCGUUCGAAUCAAUCAAACCUCGACCUCGUUCGAGCUAACUAAUAUCCGACCUCAAGUCGGUCUAUGUUCGACUCCGCCAAAAUCAACAUUACAGGCAAACAGCCGAAAUUCAGGGACUUCCCACAUAGCAGACGAGAAGAAAAAGAGAAUGGAAAUCCAAAAAUACAUAGAAAAAAAGGCAAUUAUUCCAUUUCAAUUGUCAGAUUACAGUACUUUUUACAAAGGUCUCGAGGACGCCCUCACAAAAAUAACAAAGCAAAAAGAAAACUAAGUACAAAAGCUUCACGCCACAUAAUCCCCAUCAGCAUACUCAUCAUCAUACCAAGGAUCAGAGGCAAGCCCAUCCAUGGCGUCGUCAUCAUCAUCCCCGCCGGGUAUACCAGGGUCGUAACCACAAGCUUCACGAGCUGCACAUGCCAUAACACAGACGCCCUCAAGCUCCACCUCAAAAACCUUCCCGACAGCCUUCAAAGACUUGUACACGUCAAGUUGAGCCUCAGCGUGAACCCACAUCUCAUACAACUCUCGUGAUAUACUAGGAUCAGCAGAAGUAUGAAAAGUAGACGGUUGGGCCUGCUGUUGCUCCUUCUUGACCUUUAAGGUGACGACCUGUUCAUUUAGCCCAUAUAGCUCUACCUCCAAACUCUCGACCCGCUCCUCCAACCUCGCCACCUUGAGCGUCGACGUAUCCACCUCGUUAGCCCGCUCAGACCUACAAACACUUAAGGUACCCUCUAAAGUUGCUGCCUCCGCCAUAGCGGCCAUCCUGGUCCUUUCAGCCAGAUUCAGCUCCGCGACCCUAGUGCUCAAUUCCGCCCUCAAGUCGACGACCCUAGCCUCGAUUUUUUCAAACUUGACCAUUAGGGACGCCUCCUAUGCCAGGAGAUCUGCAUUCUCAGCCAUCACUCCCUUGCUCACGUCGAGCUCGUCCUCUUUAGCCUUUAGCGCUCCCUCAAGCACGCUGAAUCUGUUGAUGGCCCUCAAAAGCUCCUCGACAUUCUCCUUCAGCUCCUCGUCUUUCUUCUUCAGCUCUUCGUCUUUCUGCUGGAGCCCAUCACGGAGUGACUGAAACUAGCGGUCCUGGCUGAGUAAGUCGGCGAGCGUUCGGUGCUUAGAAUGGUACUCUCCGUACUUGGAUGCCAUUUUCUUGAAAAUGACCGUCCUCCGCUCUUCCCACUGAUCCCACUCAAUCCCCAUGAUAAGGGUCUGACAUGCAAAAAAAAAAGAGAAGAGGUCAGUGGAAGAAAGUUACACAUAUGAAAUGAACUUAACCUAACAUGGGAAAAGAAAACUUACUCGCAAGGCCAUCCAAGAUAUACCCAACGACAGAGCCGUAUCUUUCAGCGUCUGCAACGUCCUAUUCUUAGAAUUCGCGCAGAGGGGAGCGAAGGCCGGCACCACCCGUUUUGAGUUGGCUAGAAGGUCGUAAUCUACGGCAAUGACUAUAUGCCAAUUAGGACCCUCCGUCCUUAUCUCCACGCGAGUAGCCUUCUCCACGAAGGUCUGUACCUCCUCAGGGUCGAUGUCUGAGCCAGAGUCAUCGUCCCCCGCAUGGACAGCUCUCCCUCUCCCAGCUGCCGAUGAUGAGCCACCUUUAACAGCCCGCGUAAGCUCCCCGUUACUACGAACCCCCUAAACCUCAGAGGGCCUCUUCUCCAUGGCGGCACCCGCUGCAGAAACAGCCUCAACGUCUGGUGUAAGCACUGAUUUCGCUUCCAAAGCAAUGAAUCUUUCUAGCUCAACAUCAGCGUCAAUGGCCUUCACGGUCUCUACCCUUCGUCUUUUCCUCGGCAAUGCCUCAUCACCGUAAGAUGACUCGUCCACAAGGUGAAAGAUAGGCUAAGAAGAGAUCUCAUCCGGCACAACAACCGUUUGAGGGGCAGAGUCCCUCAUUGGCGGAACUUGAGUUUGACCUCGAGCAGACUCAGCUAGAGCAAAUUGCAUCCCGAUCGAGGCCACCACCUGACAAAAUGCAAGCACAAGAGCCUUCGCCUUUUUGGAAGCUUGCCAACCUAGCACCAAAGGAAGGUCGCAUCAAAAGGCGAUAGUGAGCGGCAAUAAGUUGGAAGGUAGAAAUAACACUUACUGGACGAAAUCUUGGACCCAAAGAUCUUGUGAAAGGACGCCCAAUCACGAAUUCCCACGGUGUGGGGUAACACGCAAGCCACCCAAUCUUCAAUAUCGAAGACGAGAGAAGGUACACGCUUCUCAGCUGAAAACAAGGAAGCCUUGAGUGGGUCGAAAAUGAAAGAAGAUGAGGAAGAAAAGAGAAAAAUAAUAAACAUAUGGAAAGAUACUUACGAUUAUAGUUCCAUUGCUCGGGGAACCCGGUCAGAUUCGCCACCAGAUGCUCGAUCUUGAUGAAAAGUAUUUAUACCAGAACCGCCGGUUCAUCUUAUCAUCCAUCCCGGCCACCAACCAUUUGGUCUCACGAUGUCGCAGAUGUAUCAAUGUACUCUAUAAAAACUGGGCAAGAAUAGAUGCAGCAGAUGGUGGAUAUUGACCUCACAGCCGGCGAACUCUGCAUACUUCACCAGCAUCAUAAAAACUUUGUAUACAUAAGAGGAGAGUUGAGCCGGCAGACAUUGUAAAAGCGGCAUAACUCCUCCGCUAAUGGAGGGAGAGGAAGAGAAUAACCAACUAGGAAUGGAUAAAUAUAGAAAACGCAAUAUCCGGGCCGAUGAACCUAUACUAUAUCGCCUCUUGCCAGAACAAUUUCGACGUGAGAAGGAAUACGAUAUUUGGACUGAAGGUCGGCUAUUUGACGCAACCCCGUCUCAAAAAGCUCCUAAGCAGGAGCGGGAGCAGGUUCCUUUGGGAAGUCAUUUCCGACCAAAAGAUUAUUAGGAACCACUUCCUCCACAGUGGGAAAGCUUUCUUCCUCCUCAACCAUAGAUUCCUCACCGCAGGGAGGAAUGGCCACCGAUAAAGGAGUGGCAUCGGAGACUCUGUCGUGAAUAUGAGGGGAAUCUGACAUAUUCCAGCAGUAAAGUGUGCACAGCAAAGUCGGAGAAAGAAAAUAUCAACCGAGAAAGAAACCAGGGACUGAAAUUGAAGAAGCUGUAAGAAAUCGAAAGUGGAGAUCAAAGAAGAAGGUCAAAGAAAAACAAUAUGCAUACAAAAUGGAAAAUGCUGAAAGUUUCAAAAGUGAAGCCCCUCUCCUCUAUUUAUAAGGUUGGGUGACACCAAAAUCGAGGCGAAGAGUCGUCAAUGGCACCAAAAUCGAAGCGACAGAAGCAUAUACACUGUAUUGGGAAGACGUGUAAUGAUGACGUGCCUGGCCAUGACGUCAUCCUACGUCAGCCACACCGACCGCAGCCCUGCUGACAACGCCACCAGUUCGACCUUGGUUGAUUCGAUUCAAUCAUCACGACCAAAUUUCCUCUGAACGGUUGCAAACAAAAUCCGCUCAUCGAGGACAUCCAAGAUCACGACCUCAACAAGCGGAGGGACUAACUGUAUUGGUCAAAAUUUAGACUGGACUUAAUAACUUCCAAUGGACGUGGUCGAGGAUUAAGCCAACCACGACGCAAUGACGAGGAGUCAUCCUAAGAAGGAUUAGUGCCGAGGUCGAGUAAAGAAUGUACGAAAGCAAUGGUGGAAUAAGUUUAGAAUAGAAAAAGGGAUAUUCUAUUGAAUAUUCCUUUAAUUGUACUUUUUUUAGGGUUUCUUAGGAAUAUCCCCUAUAAAUAGGAAGAGAUAAAGAAUAAAAAGGGAUCUUGACUUUUGGAUAAGAACACAUUGUAAAAGUUGACUACAGAAAAUAUACAAAGCUUGUCUUGUCCAUUGAUUCCAUUAUUCAACAUACAUCUUUUACUCACAAGAUCCAAGGAUCUCUUAUCCACCUUCAUUUUAUAUUGUCCCCGCGUUAUUGUCAGGAAGGAGAAUCAUACAAGUCAUCUAACAUUUGGGUGAUAACUUCCUUCUUAUUACAUUUAUUGUCAUUGCCUACAUUCAUUGCAAGCUUUCUUUAUUGCAUUCAUUGACAAUCAUUGAGCACUCUUAAUCGGCAUUCAAUAUUAUCGGACAUGAUACUACAUCGUUAAUGCAUUAAGUCUUCAGAUCUAGUAGUUAUUAUAUUUAACUAGAAUUCACCCCCUAUUUUCUUAUUAAUUCGUUUUAGGAAAAGGUUUAAUACUUUUUUGGUAAAACAAGUUAAGCAUUGACCUUUUAUUCCAGACCUAUUGCGGUAUUAUUAGUAAGUUGAAUUUGCAACACUAGAACUCUUCCAACGAAGAAACAAAGAAAUAGUACCCUUUCAAUUCUAAUCAUAUUGCAUUCUAUAUUUAAAAAUGUCUUAAAUGAUUGAUCAAAUUAAUUAUAAAAUCAUUUUCACAUAUGGUUUUAGUAUCCUAACUCAAAUUACUGUUAAAUUAUUCUUUUUUCCCCAGGAAUUACUAUUAAAUUAAUAACUCGGUCUAAAAUAAAACAAACAUUUAAAAAAUAACACAGGUGCAUUUGGUUGAAAGAAAAGGAAAAAAAAAAAAAAAAGAACUACUGUUUUUGUGCUUCUAUUUUCAGCUACCUCGGAGUAAGCCUGGACAAAAACAGAGUUAGUACUGUUACAGUAGUAGCAGCAGCGACUAAAUGGAGCAGAAUAAAGCUUCCGCCUCUAUUCCUCCAACCAAACGCGUCCGCUGCAUCGUCAAGCUUGUUCAGGAGGUGCAGCGAUCACAUGUAAAAAUAAAUUGGAGACUAUAGAUGAGGAGAAUCUUAAGGAAGUUUCAUCCCAGCUUCGUCAAGCAUUGAUUCCGAAUUCUGAUUCUGCAAAAGUUCUUGGAAUGGAUUGGAGCAAAAGGCCUGGACAGUCUGAACCUCCAAGUUUCGUCGAUGAGUUCAGUGAUCAACCAGUUGUGGAUUCAGAAAGUUUUAUUGUUGUUCAUGGAGCAGGUUCCUUUGGACACUUUCAAGCUAGCAAGUCAGGUGUUCAUAAGGGUGGACUAAGCCAACCUCUUGUCAAGGCUGGUUUUGUUGCUACAAGAAUUUCAGUCACAUCCCUCAAUCUUGAAAUCGUGAGAGCCCUAGCAAGAGAGGGUAUUCCUUCCAUCGGAAUGUCUCCAUUCUCAUGUGGUUGGUCAACAUGUCAAAGAAAUAUGACAGAGGCUGACAUUUCAAUGGUCAUUAAAGCUAUUGAUGCUGGUUUUAUACCUGUUUUGCAUGGAGAUGCUAUCCUGGAUACGUUACAGGAGUGCACUAUUCUGAGUGGAGACGUGAUAAUACGUCAUUUAGCAGCUGAACUAAAGCCAGAGUUUGUUGUUUUUCUUACGGAUGUACUUGGCGUAUAUGAUCGUCCACCAGUAGAACCUGGCGCUAUACUUAUCCAAGAAAUUGCUGUACGUGAAGAUGGAAGCUGGUCGGUAGUGAAACCUAGAUUAGAGGACACAAGCAAGCCAGUUGAAUUCAGUGUAGCUGCCCAUGAUACAACUGGUGGGAUGGUGACAAAGAUAACAGAAGCCGCUAUGAUUGCAAAGCUUGGAAUCGAUGUCUACAUAACAAAGGCAGGAACGGACCACUCAGUGAAAGCCCUUAGUGGAAUCUUGAAAGGCAGCAUACCUGAUGACUGGCUUGGAACAGCCAUCAGGUAUAUGAGUUAAAUCAUCGAUUACUGCAGUGAAACCUGGCCAGUGUAUUCGUGCAGCGAGGAUGAUGAUUAAUACAGUAAGAAAUGUACCAUUUGGACCCCUGAACGAGAGGGUGCAAAUCAUUUCAAGACCUUUUUGUUUCUGGGUGAAUUACAAACAGCAAAUUUUCAGUUUAUAACUUCUCAGAUUUUCCUUAUUACAGAUCAUAGCAGUAUAAUUUCAUAUUUUGGUC